CCCCCGGCAUGUGAGCGUCCGGCACGGCUGCUCGCACCCGGCUCCGAGCGGCAGCAGCACCGCGGCGGCCCCCCCACCCCCCACCCCGGCCGGGCCCGGCCCCCUCAGCCCGGCGCAGGCCCCGCCGCCGCCAUGGCGCUGAAGAUGGUGAAGGGCAGCAUCGACCGCAUGUUUGACAAGAACCUGCAGGACCUGGUGCGCGGUAUCCGCAACCACAAGGAGGACGAGGCCAAAUACAUCUCGCAGUGCAUCGAUGAGAUCAAGCAGGAGCUGAAGCAGGACAACAUCGCAGUGAAGGCCAACGCUGUCUGCAAACUGACCUAUUUACAGAUGCUGGGCUAUGACAUCAGCUGGGCUGCUUUCAACAUCAUUGAAGUCAUGAGUGCAUCCAAGUUUACAUUCAAGCGCAUUGGUUACCUGGCUGCCUCCCAGUGCUUCCAUGAAGGGACCGAUGUCAUCAUGUUGACAACCAAUCAGAUCCGAAAGGAUCUGAGUAGCCCUAACCAGUAUGAUACUGGAGUUGCACUGACUGGCUUGUCCUGUUUUGUUACUCCAGAUCUUGCCAGGGACUUGGCAAAUGACAUCAUGACUCUGAUGUCUCACACCAAGCCUUACAUCAGGAAGAAGGCAGUGCUGAUCAUGUACAAGGUGUUCCUCAAGUACCCUGAGUCCCUCCGGCCUGCAUUCCCUCGCCUUAAGGAGAAACUUGAAGAUCCGGAUCCCGGUGUGCAGUCUGCUGCAGUAAAUGUGAUUUGUGAGCUGGCUCGACGCAAUCCCAAAAACUACCUGUCCCUCGCUCCACUCUUUUUCAAGUUGAUGACUUCGUCAACCAAUAAUUGGGUUCUCAUUAAGAUUAUAAAACUGUUUGGUGCUCUUACUCCAUUAGAACCAAGGCUGGGCAAGAAGCUGAUUGAGCCCCUGACCAACCUCAUCCACAGCACAUCAGCCAUGUCUCUCUUGUAUGAAUGUGUGAACACAGUAAUAGCAGUGCUGAUCUCUCUGUCCUCGGGGAUGCCCAACCACAGUGCCAGCAUCCAGCUGUGUGUUCAGAAGUUGAGGAUAUUGAUAGAAGACUCUGACCAGAACUUGAAGUACCUGGGACUGUUGGCAAUGUCCAAAAUCCUGAAAACACACCCCAAGUCGGUUCAGUCCCACAAGGAUCUCAUUCUGCAGUGUUUGGAUGACAAAGAUGAGUCCAUCAGGCUCAGAGCUUUAGAUCUCCUCUAUGGCAUGGUAUCGAAGAAGAACUUGAUGGAGAUCGUGAAGAAGCUGAUGAUCCACGUGGACAAAGCCGAAGGGACGACGUACCGGGAUGAGCUGCUGACCAAGAUCAUCGACAUCUGCAGCCAGUCCAACUACCAGUACAUCACCAACUUCGAGUGGUACAUCAGCAUCCUGGUGGAGCUGACCCGCCUGGAGGGCACGAGGCACGGGCACCUCAUCGCGGCGCAGAUGCUGGACGUGGCCAUCAGGGUGAAGGCCAUCCGCAAGUUCGCGGUGUCCCAGAUGGCCAUGCUGCUGGACAACGCCCACCUGCUGGCCAGCAACACCCAGCGCAACGGCAUCUGCGAGGUGCUCUACGCGGCCGCCUGGAUCUGCGGGGAGUUCUCCGAACACCUCGAGGAAGCCAACCAGACCUUGGAAGCAAUGCUGAGGCCCAAAGUGACAACUCUGCCCGGCCACAUCCAGGCAGUGUAUGUGCAGAACAUGGUGAAGCUCUAUGCAUCCAUCCUGCAGCAGAAGGAGCAGGCUGGGGACAAGGAAGCAGCUCAGGAAAUCACCCAGCUGAUGAUUGAGCGCCUGCCUCAGUUUGUCCAGAGUGCAGACCUGGAGGUGCAGGAGAGGGCUUCUUGCAUCUUGCAGCUGAUAAAAUACAUUCAGAAGCUACAAGCAAAAGAAGUUCCUGUAGCUGAGGAGGUGAUAGCCCUGUUUGCUGGUGAGCUGAACCCUGUGGCUCCUAAAGCACAGAAGAAAGUACCUGUUCCAGAGGGCCUGGACCUCGAUGCCUGGAUCAAUGAACCUCCCUCAGACAGCGAGUCUGAGGAUGAAAAGCCCAAAACAAUCUUUCAUGAAGAGGAACAAAGGCAUUCCAGACACAGACAGCCAGAGAUAGACGAAGAGGAACUGGCCAGACGUCGGGAAGCCCGGAAACAAGAACAGGCAAACAACCCAUUUUAUAUUAAAAGCUCUCCUUCCCCACAGAAGCGAUACCAAGACACUCCAGGGGUGGAGCAUAUUCCUGUGGUGCAGAUCGACCUUUCUGUCCCAUUAAAAGUUCCAGGAAUGCCCAUGUCUGACCAGUACGUGAAACUGGAAGAGGAGAGGAGACACAAACAGAAACUGGAGAAAGACAAGAAGAAGAAAAAGCAGAAGAAGGAGAAGAGAGGGAAGCACCACCGGCACAACUCCCUGCACACGGAGAGCGAGGAGGACAUCGCGCCCGCCCACCACGUGGACAUCAUCACCGAGGAGAUGCCCGAGAAUGCUCUGCCCAGUGAUGAAGAUGACAAGGAUCCCAACGAUCCCUAUAAAGCACUUGAUAUAGAUCUGGAUAAACCCUUAGCAGACAGUGAGAAGCUGCCAGUGCAGAGACACAGAAAUGUCGAGACCCUGAAGUCACCGGACUCCGAAGCUGCCCUGGUAGAGAAGAAGAGCAAGAAACCCAAAAAGAAGGAAAAGAAACACAAAGAAAAAGAGAGAGACAAAGGAAAGAAGAAAGAGAAGGAGAAAAAGGUGGUAGAGGAGGAGGAAGAAGAAGAAGAAAAAAAGGGGGAAGACUUGGAUUUCUGGCUCUCCACUGCUCCAGCACCUGCUCCUGCACCCCAGGCACAGAGCGAGCCUGCACUGGGAGCUGCUGUGGUGGCUGAACCUCAGGAGGUCAAAAAGGAAGAAAGGGAAGAGCGGGAUGAGGAGGAGGAGGAGGAUGAAGGAAAGAAAUCCUCCAAGCAUAAGAAGAAAAAGCACAAGAAAGAGAAAGAGGAGAAAUCCAAGGAUAAAAAGAAAUCGAAAAAGAAGAGUCACCACAGCGAGGAGGAGCCCCCGGAGUCGGUGCAGAACGGAACACUAGAGGAUGAGCCACUGCCACCCAUGUCCAGUUACCGCCUUCUUGCUGAAAAUCCAUUCAUUAAAAUGACCUAUGACAUCCAAGGAAACCUCCAGAACGACAGUCAAGUGACUGUGUCUGUCAUCUUUGAGAACAAAAGCACUAGCUUCCUUAAGAGCAUGGAACUAAAUGUCCUGGACUCUCUCAACACUAAAAUGCUCCGACCAGAAGGAUCCUCAGUCCACGAUGGGAUUCCUGUGCCCUUCCAGCUCCCCCCUGGAAUCUCUAAUGAAGCCCAGUUUGUGUUUACCCUUCAGAGUAUUAUUAUGGCUCAGAAGUUAAAAGGAACACUGUCCUUUAUAGUCAAAAAUGAUGAAGGUUCAACCCAUGAAAAACUAGAUUUCAAAUUGCACUUCAGUUGUGCUUCAUACUUGAUCACCACGCCUUGCUAUAGUGAUGCUUUUGCCAAGCUCCUGGAGUCUGGAGAUCUGCACAUGAGUUCUAUUAAAGUAGAUGGAAUUAGCAUUUCUUUCCAGCAUCUACUGGCAAAGAUCUGUUUUCAUCAUCAUUUUUCAGUUGUGGAACGUGUUGAUUCCUGUGCAUCCAUGUACAGCCGUUCUAUCCAGGGCCAUCACGUCUGCCUACUGGUAAAAAAGGGAGAGAACUCAGUAUCCAUAGAUGGGAAAUGCAACGAUUCCACCCUGCUUAGCAACUUGUUGGACGAGAUGAAAGAGACAUUGUCCAAGUGCUGAAUCUUCCCUCUCCCAUAUUCCAAGGAAAGGACACAGCCUUUGUGUAAAGCUGGGCAGACCCAAGUGUUAAGUUGCUCCCUCGUACGCAUGUACUACCCUGAGGCACGUGCUUUCCCUUCCCUCCACCUUCCCUUGCAGUUUAGACAUUUUCAGGCUGUAUGUUACCUUUUUAUUUCACAACUUUUUACAAA